AUGGCAGGUCAUAACCACUCUUACUUCCAGCACCCUUACUUUGUCUUAACUGGCAUCCCAGGGCUUGAGCAGAAGUAUUACUGGAUGGCAUUCCCACUGGGUGCCAUCUAUGCCAUCGCUCUCUUUGGUAAUGGCAUCAUCAUCUCCACCAUCAAGUCUGAACCUUCGCUGCACAUCCCCAUGUACUACUUUCUGUGUAUGCUGGCCUUCGCAGACGUGGGGCUCACCCUCUGCACUCUGCCCUCUGUGCUGGGCAUAUUCUGGUUUAACCACAAGCUCAUUGCCUUUGAUGCCUGUCUUGUUCAGAUGUACUUCAUCCACACCUUCUCCGCCAUUGAGUCGGGUGUGCUGGUGGCGAUGGCCAUUGACCGGGUGGUGGCGAUCUGGAGCCCGCUCAGGUACAGCACUGUCCUAACCGAUGGUGUGGUCUGCAAAACUGGGGUCACUAUCUUGUCAAGAGCAGUGUGUGUGGUCUUCCCUGUGCCUUUCCUCAUCAAGCGGCUCCCUUUCUACCGCUCCAGCAUCCUCUCCCACUCCUUCUGCCUCCACCAAGAUGUCAUGCGUCUCGCCUGCGCCAGCACCCGCGUCAACAGUCUCUAUGGCCUCAUCGCUGUCAUCUUCACCAAGGGUUCUGACUCUCUCUCCAUCCUCUUCUCCUACGUGUUCAUACUCCGCACGGUGAUGGCUAUUGCCUCGGGCGAGGGCCGGCUGAAAGCGCUCAACACGUGCGUGUCCCACGUCUGUGCGGUGCUCAUUUUCUAUGUGCCGCUGAUUGGGGUGUCCGUCAUCCAUCGCUUUGGGAAGCACCUGUCACCACUGACUCAUUCCCUCAUGGCAAAUGCAUACCUUCUGGUUCCCCCUGUGAUGAACCCCAUAGUCUAUACGGUGAAGACCAAGGAGAUACGUAAGAAGAUCAUCCAGAUAUUUGUCCGAUCCAAAAUUACUGCAGUGGGGUAG